AUGAUAACGUUUUUGAUUAAGGAUAGCCAAACGAAGUCCAACAAAAAGCCGACAGAAGUGAAUCGCUCACUAGGAAAAAAACGAGCGUUGACGGAAUCAAAGGUCCAUCAGAAGUCGAAAUUUACAAGCGAUGUGGAGAAUGCGGCUAUGUUGGAUAAGCAACGAAAUACAGAACGCGCGAUGGAGCCGAACGAUGAAGCCGCGAUGAUUGAGAAGCCGAAAGUACUUCAGGAUGAAUGGUUUAACUGUCAACGAGCUGAGUUAUUUUUCGAGCAAGAGAUGCGAAACUUGAGACGUAGAAAGAACUAUAUUGAAAAGCGACGUUGUAGAGCAGAUUGUCGAUGCAGUGAAUUCGCUAUUUUUUCCUAUCAAAGACAACAGAUUACGUGGAAGAAUCAGCCAUGGGUGAGCUGGAAAAGAUUGGGGAAGAAAAACGCGACACUUUCAAACGAUCUGGGUGCUCAAAGUGUUGUGUGUAUGCGAUUGUCCGAGACUGGACUCGACAUUGGUCAAGGAUGUCGUCGAGAACAAGAAUACAUCGAUGAACUCGUUUAUGCCUCGUCAGUGUCAGGAAGAACGAAGAGAAUGGGAGCCGUUGUCAGCCGUUCAAUUACAAGAACUGGAGAAACCCUUUUACUUGACAAGAAGACACGUGAUAAACAAGUCGACUAUGGGGACAUCGGCUCUGCACAUAUCAGAACGUCGAGAGCUCUAGCAGAUGUAUAUGAAUCAUUCCAAGAGCAAAACAUCAUCAAUAACAACAGAAUUGCUAUC